AUGGCCCAGAAAUUGACUGGUGCGGCGGUCGCCGAGCACAAUUCAAAGGACUCAUGCUGGGUGAUCGUACACGGCAAAGCCUAUGAUGUUACAGAAUUCUUGCCAGAACACCCCGGCGGUUCAAAAAUCAUCUUAAAAUAUGCCGGCAAAGACGCCACCGAGGAGUUCGAUCCCAUUCACCCGCCCGACACCCUAGACAAGUACCUCGAUAAGUCAAAACAUCUGGGCAGCGUCGAUAUGAGCACCGUCGAGCAAGAAGAGAAGGAUGUCGACCCAGAGGAGGCCGAGCGCCUUGAGCGCAUCAAACGAAUGCCCCCGCUUGCAGCUUGCUACAAUUUGAUGGACUUUGAGACUGUCGCGCGGCAAGUUAUGAAGAAGACCGGAUGGGCAUACUAUUCCAGCGGAGCAGAUGAUGAAAUUACCCUACGCGAGAACCACCACGCCUUCCACAAGAUCUGGUUCCGACCUCGCGUCCUCGUCGACGUGGAGAAUGUCGAUAUGAGCACGACUAUGCUCGGCACACCCUGCUCCAUCCCCUUCUAUGUCACCGCCACCGCACUUGGUAAACUGGGCCACCCUGAAGGUGAAGUGGUGCUUACCAGGGCCGCCCAUCAACACAAUGUCAUCCAGAUGAUCCCCACACUUGCAUCAUGUUCCUUUGACGAAAUCGUGGACGCCAAACAAGGCGACCAAGUACAGUGGCUCCAGCUAUACGUGAAUAAGGACCGUGAGAUCACGCGGAAGAUUGUCGCCCACGCCGAAAAGCGUGGAUGCAAGGGUCUCUUUAUCACGGUGGAUGCGCCACAACUUGGUCGUCGGGAAAAGGACAUGCGGUCUAAGUUCAGCGACGCUGGAUCGAACGUGCAAUCGGGCGAUGACGGAAUCGACCGCUCCCAAGGUGCCGCGCGUGCAAUCUCUUCCUUUAUCGAUCCGGCCUUAUCGUGGAAGGAUAUCCCUUGGUUCAAGAGCAUCACCAAGAUGCCCAUCGUCUUGAAGGGUGUUCAAUGCGUCGAGGACGUUCUCCGUGCCGUGGAAGCUGGCGUGGACGGCGUCGUCCUCUCCAACCACGGCGGUCGCCAACUCGAGACUGCUCGUUCCGGUAUCGAGGUCCUCGCUGAAGUUAUGCCCGCGCUCCGCGAGCGCGGCUGGGACAAGCGCAUUGAAGUAUAUGUUGACGGCGGUGUCCGUCGUGCCACAGACAUCCUCAAGGCCCUGUGUCUCGGUGCCAAGGGCGUCGGUAUCGGUCGACCUUUCCUGUACGCCAUGUCCGCGUACGGAGUUGACGGUGUCAACCGCGCGAUGCAACUCCUCAAGGAUGAGAUGGAGAUGAACAUGCGUCUGAUUGGAGCAACUCGGAUCGAAGACCUGAACCCGAGUUUCCUGGAUACACGCGGAUUGAUGAGUGGCCAUGCCGGGAGCAUUCCAUCGGAUACGCUUGGUUUGCGGGCAUAUGAUCCGCUUCAAGCUCCUCGAUUCAGUGAAAAGGCCAAGUUGUAG